GGAUCAGGAACAGGUUCCUCUCUGACUGGCGGGGCCGGUUCAUCGGGGUCCAGGCCCACUCGGCAGCGCAUCACACGCGUCAAUCUCAGGGACCUGCUUUUCUGCUUGGAGAACGAGAGAUUCACCAGUCGCUCCCAUUUCCUCUACAAGGGCUUUCUCAAAUAGGCGUGAUGUCAGGGAGAGGAGGACAACAGAGGAACAGGUAGAGGGUUGGAGGGGGGGAGUAACAAUGUGUGUGGAGAGACCUGUCACUCCCACCACCAAGAUGGUAAGCGACUCCUUUAAGUGAAGAAGAGAACACUGAGCAUCAAAAAGAAAACCUGAACUAGCCAUACUUGAAGGCCUCUCUACCUCCCUCUUCAAAUAACCUCUAUUUUCUUUCAGAGCUAAUGUCCCUUUAUAUAACCCGUGCAACUUCUUUCUUCAAGAUGGUGCAAAAACGGAUCUUGUGUUUUCUGACGAAGGUUGUGUGUGUGUGUGUGUGUGUGUGUGUGUGUGUGUGUGUGUGUGUGUGUGUGUGUGUGUGAACAAAUGACAUAAUGUACAACUGUGCACUGUAUUAUAGAAUGGUUUAUUUUAUGAGCUUUAAAGCUACGAAAAUCACUUGUUUUAUUCUGCCGCCAAGUACAACCCUGAGAAAAAGUCUGAAUGUUGUGUAAAAUGUCAAACAGGAUGCAAGGAUUUUCUCAUAAAACCAUAUUUUAGUCGUUAUAGAACACAGUAAACAUAUUAAAGCUACUGCAUGUCGUUUCUGGAAAACCCCGGACUUAGAAAACAUUUGAACUGAUACAAGCUUCAGGUCCCUCCCCCUCGCUCUCUGUUGAGCUUCAGCCCACCUUCCUAAGCCCCUCCCACACAGCAGUAAAUUUGAACAGAGGGCUGUAGGACCACCGGGAGGAGCCAGAGGACUUUUGUUUUUUCAGAGAUUAUUUGUCUAAUAAUCUAUCAGGACAUAGUGACAGUUUUAACAAAUAUGUUAAAAUAGAUUUCUAAAUAUUUAAACUAAUAAUAGUGACACAUCUCAAAAGAAAAGUUGGGACAGAGCUAUGUGUACUUCUGUGACACAACUCUUGUUUUAACUACAUUUUGUACAUUUCAGGAGACCAGUGUUUGGAGGGAAAUGUCCCGUUCUUUUCUGAUGAUUCUAGCUGAGUCGUAUUUGUUAGAUUUUUGGUUUCCUUAUGCACCAAGUGUUUUCAUGUUUUGAACCGCACGUAGGCUGGUUCAAAGGACUCCUCGACUAUAAAGCCAUGCUGUUGGAACAGAGGCAGUAUGAGGUUUAGAUUUGGCUGAAAUAUYCAAAGCCUUCCCUGAAAAAGACGUUUUGAUCGUCUAAAAUGCAUAUAUACUUUUCUGCUCUGAUAGGACCUUUCCAGAUGUGUAAGCUGCCCAUGUAAUGCACCCUCAUAACAUCAGCGAGGCAUGAUUUUGUGCUGUCAAACAGAUCAAACAGUCCCUCUCUUUUUUAAUACAGUGGAUGUGGCAUCAGUAGUUUUUAAAAGGAGUUUUAAAUGUUAAUAUUGCUCGCCUCAGUUCUUUUUAAACAAGAUUUGGACCAGAGGAGACAGCAGUGUUUCUGGAUAGUGUUAGCCAGUGAGGUAUAUAGGAUAGAGGAGUUACACACACUUCAGACGACUGGCUGCUGUGGUAUGAGCAAAACACCAUGUUGGAAGGGGCAGAUWGUGAUGUGAAGAAUUUAUCAUGGCUAGAUUUCUGCYUAGAUUUACAUUUAAAUAUUAGUUUUUCAUUUGUUAGCAUCUGCCUUUUAUAAACAUUGUUCAUUGCUGGUGUGUGUAAAUUGUUAACAGAUUUUUUUAACCGAUAUGAUAAUAUGUACUGACAAACAUUUCUAUCAAAUCAAAAUAGUGGUUGUCAGUAUCAAACUGAGUUUCACUGAUUAGCUGAUCUAAGUUUAUCAGGUCAUGGUUACCACAUUCAGCUUCAACAACUUGUACUUGCCCCAAACAAUAUGGCCGCUCUCUUUGACCAAGAAAAGUCACGUGAUAGUGCCUCUAGAGGCACUUAUCAGAGCUUUAACUAGAAUUUGUGUAUGGUACAGUGAACUGUGUUAACAGUUAUAGGACUAUAGAUGUGUUCCUGACGCCUCGCAGUGACAUCCAAAACAGACUCAGACCUGUUUUUAAUGCAAUGUUUUUAGAAAUCUUUUAAUAAUAUCUUGAACUUUAAAUGAUGCAAUAUUCAAAGUCUUCCUAUUUGUUUUGUUGAGGAGCAUUAUUCUGAAGAUGUUCCACUCUUAAUAGAUUGGUGAACCGCUGCCCAUCUUCACUUUUGAGGUAUUCAGCUUCUGUAAAAUCCUGUUUUAUUCUCAGUCUUGUUAAUGACCAGCGACUCGUUUCACUAAAGCCAGAUUUAAACACGCAGGAUGUCGGCUGUAAGUCGAGCUUGAUCAACAAUAAACAGCUGUAAUAAGUUGCUCUAAUGUCAAGCCAGUAAAUCAUUUAGGAUGAACACAUGUUCACUGUUUGCCUACUAGACCCACUGGACGAAUGACAAAUUUCCUGAUUACACAUGUGCAACACCACACAUGAGUCUCACUCCUUCCCUGUAGUGUAACAGUUAAUCAUGAUUCACAUGAAGAGAUGAAGUGAAACACAGCRGCGGUGACAUUAUAGUGUUUAAAAGAGUGUUUCAAUAAUUUAAAAAGUAUAAACUUGUUUUGAAACUGAAUCUAUUUACAAGUUCUCUCAAAAUGAACAGCGGAUUACUUCGCCUUAAAAUUAUCACUGCGAGUUCAGGAAGUGACCAGAGGACAGAUCACUUGAGCUGCAGGGAGAGAGAGUUUUGUUUUGUUUUUAUGGACAAUCUAAUGUUAAUAUAUUUACUCUGUGAUAUUUUUAAUGCAAAAUGAAAAGAAUACAUUGUAUAACUUGAUGAAACACUGUUUUCUGAUCAAUAACUGAAAACAUUAGCCAUUCAAAAGUAAGUUAAAAAUACUAGAUUAUAGUCUGAAUCUUCUCAAAUUAACGAUAAUUAAUUGUCUACAAGUACUUUUUGAAAUAAGGAUGAAAAAUCCAAGCUAACAAGAUUAAUAAUCUAAUUCAUUCUGCUCUUGCUCAGUAUACAUCACCCUCAAAACAAGAUCAAAAAUACUUUUUGGUGGGAUAUAAAAUUGACAGCCUGGUGCUCAGAAACAGGUCAGGGUUUAGUUUCAGAGGACUUGUUACCAUGUAAACACGUGUUUCCUCAUUUGUGCAACCGAAUCAAGGAUUGUUUAAUCCAGAAUUAUGUCUAAAUCCUGGCUUAAUCCCUUAUCCUAGGUUCAUGCAACAAGGCCAGUUCAAUUCAACGGUUACAAAAUGCUCCUCGCUGCACUUUUCUGAGGCGAGUUGCUUUCAUCAAAUUCAAAAUUCAAAUUAAUAAGAAAAAAUCUUAGUUUAAACAUUUAUUGUUACAUUGUGACUUAAUAUUGGAUUUAUUAGAUUUGCAAAUCAUUUCAUUCUGUUUUUAUCUACAUUUACACAACAUUUUUUUUGGAUUUCGGGGUUGUACUCUUGUGGGAAUAUGAUUUAAAAGAUUUAAUUCUGUUAUUUUUUUCUUCUGUCAGUUGAAUUAAUUUGAACUUUAAACUGUGUAACAUACUGAGUUGCCUUCCUAACUAUGAGUAAGCCAUACAGCCACACAAUUAACCCUGCUGUACGUCACGAAGCUGUAGCGCUUUUUUUUUUCCACUCACCUGAAAAGCUUUCAGCAUAUUUAUUUACUAAAUUCAAACUGAAAUGAAUGUUUAGUUAUUUAUUUAUUCUGUGACACAUUGGUUGUUUUGUCGUAGCUUGAAUUUGAAACUAAGUGUAUGUUUUAUUAGCGUUUGGGUUUAGUUUUUUUUUUUUUUUUUUUAGAAUUCAGCAGGUUUAGAGAGGUUUUAUUUUAAAAAAUCUCAGUUUGUUUAAUUUAUAUUUGUUUUAGACGAGUUGAUUUCUUAAAAAAAAGAAAAAAACUCUUUAAGGCUUCUAAGCUGUGUCGCUAUACCAAACUUACAUUUACAUAAAACUAUUUUUGUAGCUUCCCUCCUCCUCUUCUAACAGACUGACGAUGUCCUCCAAUCAUUUCUUUACCUGCUUGUAGUUUGACGUGUUACAGGACAGACAGCCCUUUAGCUUUUUAUUAUGAAUGAUUCAAGAAACUGGUUUCUUCCUGUAUAUUUGUAAAUGUUUCACCUAAAGUUUUACACGCUGUUUUGUAUAGAAUGAAAACUAUAUGAAUAAAGAAAAAUCAUGAUUUCUCUAUUGAAAAGUUUGAAUAAAUGAUGAUUUUACAGGA